AUGGAGUUGGUAAUACUGAAAGCAAGAGUCCAGCUGAAUCGUCUCGUGUCGGCGAGUGAGAGGCGCGAGAGGGUGCGCGAGACGCGCGCGGCGCGCGCGGGUGUCGGCGGCGGCGCGCGAGCGGGGCGCAAGCGCAGCAUGGCCGCCGCGCCCGCGCCGGCGUCCGCCGCGCCCUGGCUCAACGCCACGCUGGCUUACAACGCGACGCGCCCCAACACCACCUUCGACACCGAUUACGACCUACUAAACGCCAGCUCCAGCGACGAACAUGACAAUCACUGGUUCUGCGCUAAGUGGUCGAGUGCACAGCAGGACCUAUUUCAGGCGGCGAACCUAUGUUUCGCUUUGGCGUUUCUUGCGCCAAAAAGCUUCAAGCAAAGCAUACUUGUGCUGCGAGCAUUAGCAGCAGCGGGCGCGGUGCUGAUGGGCAUGUGGGCUGGCGCCGAGUUUUGUGCUCCCGACGUGCUCAUCUGGAGUCUUGCACUCUUGCUCGUCAACUCUAUUCACACUGUCUUCUUAAUUAUAAGAUUUCUUCCACCAGCGCUAUCUUUAGAAUUAACAGACCUGUACCUGAAACUUUUCAAACCACUAAAAGUGAACAAGAAGCACUUCCAAGAACUAACACGGGAGGCGCGAAUAGUUCGCUUGGAGCCGGGCGAGGCGUACGCACUUGAAGAAGUCACACCCGCUGAUGAAAGACUGUCUAUACUUUUAAAGGGAAAAAUGCGAGUGAGCUGUGACGAGACCCACCUCCAUUAUAUUCAACCAUACCAGUUUGUGGAUUCGCCAGAGUGGGAGGCCAAUCGUGAACAAUCUGAUGAUGUCUUCCAGGUGACAGUGGUAGCAGAAGAGGUAUGCACAUGCAUAUGCUGGCCACGUAUGCGGUUAGAGCGCGUCCUACGCCAUCGACCAGCACUUAAGGUUGUGCUUGACUGUCUCAUAGAUGUAUCUCUGCUGGAAGCCAUUGUAGCGGCGCCGUCGUCGCGCCACUAG